CCACAACACAAAGCAGUGAAGGGAUUCGCUUCUUUAGUGUCAUAAUGCUGCACCUAUUCAUUUCCAUCUCCUUUAUUAUUUUUUCUCACAGCUUUGCACUUCCACGACCAUCUAAUGACGUUAACAUCAGCUCUGAAGAUUUUAAGUAUGCAGAGGAGUACUUAAAGAAGUUCUACUCUUUAAACCCAAAAUCAAGGAAAAAUGAUUUCAGUGAAAAGCUUAAAGAGAUGCAGAGGUUCCUUGGAAUGGAAGUAACAGGAACUUUGGACUCAGGAUCCAUGGAUAUGAUGAAGAGACCAAGAUGUGGGGUCCCUGAUGUUGCACAGUUCAGUUUGUUUCCUGGCAGACCAAAGUGGAUGACAAAUUCCCUGACAUACAGGAUUGUGAAUUAUACACCUGACCUUCCCAGACAAAUGGUGGAUGAUGCAAUACAAAGAGCGUUCAAUGUGUGGAGUAAUGUGACACCCUUGAGAUUCAGAAAGGUUUCAAUGGGAGAAGCAGACAUACUUAUUCAAUUUGGCGCGCGCUCGCAUGGGGAUUUCUCUCCAUUUGAUGGCCCUAGCGGGGUUCUUGCUCAUGCGUUUGCUCCUGGGAGGGGUUUAGGAGGUGACGCUCAUUUUGAUGAAGAUGAGAGAUGGACAUCAACUAGAGCAGGAAUCAAUUUGUUCCUGGUGGCUGCACAUGAAUUUGGUCAUGCAUUAGGACUUGAUCACUCUAAUGAUCGAAGAGCUUUGAUGUUCCCAACAUAUAGCAGUGCAAACUUAAACAACUUCCGCUUGUCACAGGAUGACAUUAGCGGAAUACAGUCAAUCUAUGGGAGAAGACGAUAGAACUGCUAAUGCAGAUAGCCAUGUGAUGUUCUGUUCAGGAAUAUCCACUCUUCAGCUCUAUGACACGUUGAUUUAAACUGCUAGGUUCAGUUGUGCUUAAUAAGACUCAGCAACAAAAAAAAACACCAACACAAAUUAGGUAAAACUAGUACCUAUUGGUACACAAAAACUUGCUGUUUCUGCCUAGAAUGUUCACUUACAGAUACCAUUUGGUUACAAGUGCAUAAAAGACUCAAGAUCCUGGUUAUACGUUUGCAGAUAAGAUGUUGGUAGAUAAGAUUUAUCCUGAGAGCAAAUUGUGCUUUAUGUGAGAAUUUGAUUCCAUUACUUUAUAUAAUUUCCCUUACAAUGAAUGAUGUAUUUAUCUUACUCUUGUCUCACUAUAACAUUGUACUGUAACUGGUUUAAAUAUCCUUUACCAGCUUCACUGAGCAAUAACCAGAAUCCUACAUCAUGAGUUUCUAUACUUCAAUCUGCUAGGCUUUUAAGGGAUACUAGCCUCAAGUUUUUUCUUUCAUGAUUCAGAUAGAGCAUGCAAUUUUAAGCAACUUUUAUAUUUUACUCCUCUUACUUUUCUUUGUUCUCUUGCUAUCUUUAUUUGAAAAAGCAGGAAUGUAAGCUUAGGAGAUGGCCUAUUUUUAGUUAAAAUUGCAUGCUCUAUCUGAAUCAGGAAAGAAAAAAAUUGGGUUUAGUAUCCCUUUAAACCUGUCUUGUGCAGCAUUGCACUGGUAUGAGGGAGUCUGUGUUUUAAAACUGAUCAGGGAAUUUAAUUUGCAUAUUCUUACCCAGAAUCCCUGAGCUGAGUAUUUCAGUUGAAAAAGUAAUUUGUUGAUAUCUGCUGUAUAAUGAAUUAUUAAAUACAAACAUGAUUUAAUGUACUUUAAAUAAAAACAUGAAUGGACAAA